UCAUUCUCCUCACAGGUGUCUGACAAAUUCCCCGAGCUGAAGCAACGCUUCAAGCUCCCUGACGUCCACAAUCUCUUCAAGGAUGUCGCGCUGUCCAACAGCACCCGGAGGCCAGGGAAGCGUCUCCGCUGCGGAGUUCCCGACUUUGCCAACAGCCAGCGGAAACGUCUCCUUCCGCCAGGACACCGGCGCAGACGCUUUGUCCUCUACGGGGGGCGCCUUGACAAGAACGACCUCACCUACAGGAUCGUGCGCUUCCCGUGGCAGAUGGGCGAGGAGAAGGUGCGGCGCGUUUUUCGGGAAGCUCUGAAGAUUUGGAGCGACGUGACGCCGCUCACUUUUACCGAGAUCCACGCCGGCAAAGCCGACAUCCGCAUCGACUUCACCAGAUACUGGCACGGCGACAGCCUCCCGUUCGACGGCCCAGGCGGGAUCCUUGCUCACGCCUUCUUCCCCAAAACACAUCGCCAAGGAGACGUCCAUUUUGACUACGAUGAGGCCUGGACACUCGGAAACCACAUGGGCACGGACCUCCUCCAGGUGGCGGCUCACGAGUUUGGCCACGUCCUGGGCCUGCUUCACUCGGAGGAACCCGGAGCCAUCAUGUCCGCCUACUAUUCCUUCUCGUACCCGCUCAGGCUGAGCCACGACGACCGGCGCGGCAUCCAGUACCUGUACGGGACGCGGCCCACAUCGCCGCCCACUACAUCGCCUGCACCCCCGCCGGCACCGCCGCCGGCGUCGCAUCCCGAGUCCAACGAGAUUCUCCCACAUCCCGACACGUGCCAGACGGACUUUGACGCGGCGUCCAUGAUACGCGGUGAGCUUUUCUUCUUCAAGUCAGGAUACGUAUGGCGCAUCCGUGACGGCCGUCUCGAGAGUGGCUAUCCCGCGCUAGCGUCGCGCCACUGGCGAGGGAUCCCUAAUCACGUGGACGCCGCCUUCGAAGACGAGGCCGGGAACGUUUGGUUCUUUCAAGGUGACAGCUACUGGGUGUUUGACGCCGAGAUGCGGGUGCGAGGGCCAGAGUCGGUCCGGGGCCUGGGCCUUCCCGCAACGGGCGUCCGGGCGGCGCUGCGCUGGGGCCGCGACCCGGAUUUCAACACCUACGUCUUGGGCACGGGCGGCUACUGGCGCUUGAGCCCACGACGCAGUCGCCUGGAGUCGGCGUACCCGCGGGCCACCAGCGACUGGGGCGACAUCCCGGCCAAAGUGGACGCUGCCUUCCAAGACGCUUACGGCUACGCCCACCUCAUCCGCGGACGGCAAUACUGGAAAUUGGACCCGGUGGCCAUGAACUCCCUGGAGGGUUACCCCCGCUACGUGGGAGUCGACUUCUUCGGCUGUUGAAACGUGUAACCCGCCCUCGGGCCGCUGCCGAUUUUUUUUUUAAACCUCAGGUGCUCCGGCAGUGAGUCCAAAGGAUGGUUUUGGCGCCACCUGCGGGCCACGCGCCGUCGUGGUGGUUUCCAGCGCCGUUGUUGGACUCGCCGUGAUGGUUGGGGGGGAAGGGGGGGGGGGGGGUCACAGCGUUUGUCGGUGCGGGUCACUGACGAGCAGCUCACUAUGGGGUUUAUACACUACAGCAUUUUUUCAUCCAUCCGAAUUUUUUUGUCCUACUAUUUUUGUUACUCAAAUGUAGCCAAUUGUACAGGAAGUGUAGUUGUUUGUUUUCCAGAAUAAAACUCAACUUUGAAAUCAA